GUAUUCAGCCCAAAUAAUGGCUGACUAGUGUACUUUCCCUUUCCUUAUCCAAAGCGUUCGACUGCCCUCUUCAGGAUUCACAGCGCCCCACUUGCCUGCAACCAGACACCUCACUCACUCCAGGGCAUUUUCUCUCGUCGUCUUCCCAAGUGGAAACGUGACAUCAGCGGAAGAAAAAGUUUCUCUGUUAGGACACAAAUCCGAACAACAACAACAACAACAAUAAUAAUAAUAUAUAGAAGUUACUAGCCGUGAUAUAAACAGAAAAUCACCAUCGGUCUGCUCGAGAACCUGUCUUUUUCGAACAAUUCCGCAGCCGGUGACCUGGAAGUGCUCGCGGUUUCUGCUUCGGCCCAGUGCUGCUGGAGACGCUGUCGGGGGGGAGGCAGGGGGUCUGCUCUGUGAGAAACACCCCCCGGGCAUGGAGCAGGACAGGGCUCUGCUGGGCCGAUGCACGCUAGCAGCCGGGCUCCUGACUUGCACAGCGCCCUUCAGAGGGUUAAACGGAAAAUGGCGAGUUUGCAAGGCGAACUUGCCGAAAUGACGGAAUCCUUAGAGUGCAAAGUGGAGCCCAGAACUGUAUUACAGACGCAAAAUCAAAACCUGAAAGAUUUUCGUAUUGAUAUGUACAAAGCUAAUCCCAAAGUAAAUGAGGAGCUGAAACAAAGGUUGCCCACUACGCUAAAAUACCACUUCAAAGAGAAGCUAUUGCAACAUUCAGAUCUGAGUUUCCAAAAGGUGGAGGCAGGCUCUAAUCCAUUGUUAAGUCAAACAAGUUUUGAAGCAGGAGCCGAAGAUCAGCAAGCAGUCAGCAGAGAAACCCAGCGCUCCAGGGUGAAGGAGGAAGGGUCUGUGAUAUAUCUGCCUUAUCAAGACCUUGAGCUUGUGGCAGUCAGAAUGUCCGAUGGACAGGGGAAUUUAAACAGAGAGCCAUUUUCAGCAACCCUUAGUCUUCAGGAAGGCUAUAGGGGCAUGAGUCCUGAACAUGACUACCUCAGCCAAGCACACGACAGUGGAGACAGUUCUGUGCCUGCUGAAGACUCCCAUGAAGUGAGAAAUUACAAACAAACUGCCCAGAGCCCCGAGGAUGCAGAGGAGCACAGCACUGUCCCCUCUUACAGACGUCACAUUGCACCUUCCCACUGGGGGAAAGGGGCAGCAGACAGCUUGAAAGAAGACCAAACUGAUACAAUUGCAGGAGGUUUCUUAACCUCUUUAGAGCCAGCCCCUGUCCUUGAUAAAGAAAAAAAUAUAGCUUUCCUCCUAAAAGAACUGGAUUCCAUGAGGGAUCUUAAUAAAAAGCUUCAGGACAAGCUUGCCAUGAAGGAAAAGGAGGUGGAGACAAGGCAGGUAGACGCAGAGCUCCAGGAAUCGCUGAUAGAGGCCCUUGUGGCGGAAAAGGCUGGAGCGUUGGUGGAGGAAAUCUACUGUGCCCAGAGGGAGCGGGACCAGGCUGUGAUGGCCAGACUGCGGCUGGCCAACGAGGAGCGCGACGAAGCCCUGCUACGUGCCAGGCGACUGCAGCAGGCGGCCACGGAGCUGGAAAAUAUUAACCCUGAAGAAAAUGACAUGGACUUGCAGGAGCUCCUGAACCGGGUGAACGGCGCCGCCUGCGCCCUGACGAUCGAGAGGAGCGGCGCGGUGAUGGCGGACAGGCUGCACAAGGCGCGGGACCGGAGGAGCAGGAUCACCGCCGAGGAGAUGAGCGCUGUGAUCGAGGAGCGGGACGCCGCCCUGGCCCGGUGCAAACGCUUAGAGCAGGAUCUUCAUCAUCUGAAAGAGCAGAGCCAGACUUCAGCAAACAACAUGAGACAUCUGACUGCCGAAAACAAUCAGGAACGUGCUCUGAAGGCUGAUCUGGAGCUCGCCCAGAAGGAAAGAGACCGUGCUCUGGAGCACAGUAGAAAACUAGAAGAAGAAAUUCAGACCCUGCGUGUGUACUACAGUUUGCACAAGUCGCUGUCACAGGAGGCCAGCCUGAGGGAGCAGUUGGGCUCCGCGCUCGGCUCUUACGAAGAGGCCCUGCGCUCCCAGGAGGGUGUGGUGUCCCUGGCCGGUCUCCACAGCGACCAGCUCCUGGCCCAGCUGCAGCUCGCUCUGGCCGAGCAGGCAAACAUGGAGGCCCAGCUCCUGCAAGCGCAGGAGGCCCAGAGAGAGGCUCACGAAAAAGUUCAAAAGUUGGAGCGGCUGGUGGAUGUGCUGAGGAAGAAGGUGGGAGCCGGGCCUGUCAGGACAGUGAUCUGAUUGAAAGGUCGAGUCUGGAGAUGUGGCCACAUCUGGCGACCAGGCUGCUGCGUUUAACACUGUGUCAACACUGAAGCCUUAACUCGGCAAACAGUUGUUAGAAGUGGUGCACUCAGUCCACAUUCCAAGCAGAGAUCAAACUGAAUCAUAAAUGUUUAACCACUCUGCUGCUGAGCUGUUAUUCAGCCAAAUGUAUUUCCUUAAACACUCAUUAUCUGCACCGCUUUUCAUUUUAUUUAAUUUUGUUUUAUUCUUUUUAUGCAUUGCCUUUUAAAAUCCGCGUGGGACAGGAGAAAUGGCUCAUUCAGCAGUGGAAGGGGUUCAUGAACCCUCUCUACCACAUCAGGUGUAUGUAAUGUCUUUCUAGGCUUUCUGGACCUAAACAAAUAUAUUUUGGUUGUUAAUGUUGCUAUAUGAAUACAUGUUGAGAUCCACAAAAAUACCGAAACCAUUACAAAUUGGGAUGAAGCAUGAUGCAACACUACAGGGAUGGUCUUUCCUUUUUUGUAAAGUGAGAGUGAUACAGUUACUCAAACUGUGUCUCAUAUUACUGGUAAAUCCGUUUGUCAAACCUGUUUUGUAAAUCUGUUAGAAUGCAAGGAUACUGUGAAGAGGCUGUCAGUAUCCUGCUUCACUUUCUUGUUUAACGGCAAGACAUUUUUUGUUUGUUCUUUUCUUGUUGUUUUUACCACAAUCGAGAGGAUCAUUGAGAUUUUAAAUGGGGAAAAAAGGCCAGCACUGCCAAGCUCAGGUGUCUGAUGAUGAAUGUAUAUCACUGUCAUGAGGCUAUCAUGGUGUUCGUACAGUGACCAUGCUGGAAUAAAGAAACAUAGUCUUUAUAUGUUUUUGUUCCAAUUCCAAAUUCAUUUUCAGUACUACAGCAGUUAAAACAAAAUUAAACCAUUACUACAUCCUGCCAUUACUGAAUUCUGGAUUAAACCAAAACUGCAUCCUGUCCACCAGUUGCAGUUCCAGUGCUUUCUGGUGCCUAUUUGUGUGCCCUGAGCCUUUUCACACGAGCAAGGAAGCGUGUGAUGGAGUAUCAGGCUUUUCAUAUCCAAAGUAGUGCUCUGUAUGAUGUAUUAAUUUAGGUCCUUGUUUAAAUAUGAAGUUCUCUGUUGGACUAAAGCUUUGAGAAUGUAUUUAUUUUCAUGUAUCUCUUUGAAAACAGUCUUUAAAGUUAAGCAUGGUAGGCCAUUUAAAGAACUAUGUAAAAAAAGGUGACUGACAUCUGUAGAUGGAUUGUAUUCUUCGAAUUUUAUAGCUCGUUGCUGUAACUAAAAUGAUAACAACCAUUUGCAACACUUAACUUCUGAUUAAUCAGAUAGUGCCUUUGAAAGCUAUUAAAAUGUAAUUGAAGAUAAAAUUUGUCUGUUUGACUGCUGCUGCAGUAUUUAUCUAAGGUUCAGUUCUCUUAAUGUUCUCAUUUGGAACAGUUCAUUGGAAAAAAUCCCUCAAUGAACCUGAAGAUAUUAAAUCUGCAACAUACUGAUAACCCAUUUAUCUAAACCAAAGAAUUAUUUUCUGCACUCUUAUUAACUGACUUUAUUGGAGGUGUUAUUGAGGUAAUCUCAUUAUUCCCAGUCUCUUUAAGUAACUACUUGAAGGAAUCGGAAAAUUGGGAUUUUCCAGCAUGGCCAUUUUUUUUAUCCAGUCCUUCCAGUUUCUUUGCAUGCCUUUAUUUUCCAGUUAAGUGUGUAACAGGGGUAUUCUCCAUUUGAAUUCACAUAUGCAUUAUGGGCCAGCAUUAAAACUGCAUACAACAGUGGGAUCAAGCCUUUAUUUUCCACCAGAGAUUCAUUGCAGGGGCUCACUGUUGGAGCAAUUUUAUCUGAAUUAGAGAGAUCUUUCUGCGAUAUCAAUAUGGACUUUAGUUACUUAAAUUGCUUUCUGAGUGUCACAGCUCUACUUCAAAAUUCUCCAGAAUCCCAUUGGUUGUGCAGAGAGUUUUGUCAGCAUCACAACUGGUAGCUACAUAUUUCUAAAUCGUUCAACGCCGAUGGCUAAGUCCAUGAAAGUGCUGAGUUUGAAAACAUCCCCUUAGUUGAGGCCCAGUGAACCUUUCCUGUUGUGCGCUACGAUCAUCCUUCAUAAAAGUGCGUUUUCUCGGUGCGAACUGCAUCGAAAAGAUUAGUUUUGGCACGUAUUUUUAUAAUUCCUCAGGAUUACGCGUGUAUUUCUUCCCUAUAUUGCCCACUCAGAGUGUUAUACCCUUUAGACAAAUUAUCUAACCAGCUACUGAGGUUUGUAAAUCAUUCCACGGAGGGAGGCUGAACAUUGGGUUUCUGUUCCCAAGAUGUGCACACACAGCGCUAUACAGAUCAGAUAACUGUUUACCGUCAUUGUUGCUUAACUUUGAUUUGACCCCUAAAACAGGCCGUCUCUUCCCUCUAAGCCACUUUUUACCUACGGCCCUAAAGACCUCUGUCGUUGCCACUUUGCAUACUGAUAAUUUAUAAACACAGCGAGGGCCGAAGAAAUCAAGCGACCUUUGCAGGACUUUAUAUACUUAACAAUUAUUUCCACAUCCUUUACGCUUUCCCCUUCUGGUAUUGAAGGUGUGACCCUAAUGUGGCGCGCUGGUCCCACCGCGUCCCUCGCUCAAACAGCGGCGGCUCGGGCGGUGUCUGUGAGGAGAUGAUUAAUGAUCGGCUCUGGCGCAGAAAGCUCGCCGUCAUCCCGGCCCGCAGCGCUCCAACAGUCUCUUCCAGUCCGGUGACAAGGGGGUGGGCUUGGCGAGAGUGGGCGCUGAGUUCCCCUCCCAUCCAAUAAAGCUAGACACUAUUACAAGCUUGUCGAUUCCACCUCCAACCGUAACCGUGGAGAUAGCACAACCUGGGUGUCCCUUUUCUUUAAACCCACAGUCCCCCACAGUAUGUUUCUCUGACAGAUAAUCCGGCCUGUGCUACAUACAUUGUCACAGCUGCUUUGUCCGACAACUAUAGUGAAAGGCUAAAGGUUAGCUUAAAUGACAACGCUAUUUUUAAAACUGCGUAUUUUUGUAGCUUCCCUACUAAUAUAAUUUUACUAUGACUGGUGUGGUUAUUACCUUAAAUGUCCCUUUGAGUGGGUUUUCAGAACGCUUGCUCCUUACGGGGCAUCUUGGCUAAAGUUUUUUUUUUUCCUCCGAAACUUACAAGAUUGCGUUACAUGCUCAUCUGGCUAUCAAAAGGAGAAGAAGCCUGAUUACCCGUUUUGAAACCGAUCGGAUGAUGACAGGACUACAAAACAACUUUUUAUACGCUUUAAUUAAAAACGUGUUCCGCCAGCCCAGUGCUGAAUGGCCUUCAGAGACAAGCGUGGCUGAUCCCGUUGCUAUAACGACACCAGAUCUUUCAGGGCUUUUCUUCUUUAAUACACUCCAAUCUAUACAUUCAUUUAUUCACUACAUACACUUUACCAUUAACUUAGCUAUAGCAACCGAUCCAUAUGUACCUAAGCUUGUGACGUCUGCUUGAAAAAGAGUCUCCAACAAUUGUAGAGGUUCUGUGAAACAGACCAGUUUUUCUGAACUCCAAAAAAUGAUACCGGAUCAUUGCAACCAUUUCUUAAAAAUCACUAUUCGCUUCUGUGAUUAUUAUUAUUAUUGUUCUAGGGAGACAAAUCAUUGAAAAUAACAAAAUCGUUUGAUUACAGUUACAUUUGGACCUCAUUAAACUAAAUUGCAUGUUGUGAUUGUAUUCCUAACGUUUAAGACUUCGAUGUUUUACGUCACUGCCAGCACAUUUGUUUUGGACUCCUGGAAAUGCAGCUCUUCAAACAAGUUGUUUUAAUGCCUCUGUUCUACCCUUCGUGUUUAUUAACACUUUAAGAAAUGCAUCUCCAUUUUUGUCACAUUUUUAUGAUGCUUUGAUUAAAACAUAUUAACGGCUAUUCUUCAAUUUUGAAGUGUUUUUAAAUUUUAGUAAACUCUGUUGUUCCAAAUAAAUAUGAUAUACAUAUUUUCAUAUAUUUUCCUUUAAGUAUUUGAAUAUCCUACGUAUUUAAGAAGAUACAUUUGUGAAUUAGUUGAAGAAAUAAACGCCCUGUUUCAUAAUGAUGCCUCUCUAAUGUGGUUAAGCAGCAUUAUUUUUUUUUAUUGUGUUUUUUAAUCUGUUAAAUGCAAA